CUAGAAGAAACGCCACCCAACCUCUGUCUUCCCCUUCUUUAAACUAUAUAUAUGUGGUGUUAUUAACCAAACUGUACUAAAAUAGCUCACCACUAUUCCUUUCUCUUUCCCUUGAACUGUGUUUUCGUUUUUUCUGCUCUAAAACAAUAGUGUGUUCCUUCUAGAUUUUAAGUUUAAAGAACAUCAUGGGUGGCUUGGAAGUUGAGAAAACAACUAUUGGUUGGGCUGCUAGAGACCCUUCUGGUGUACUUUCACCUUAUACCUAUACUCUCAGAAACACAGGACCUGAAGAUGUGGAAGUCAAAGUUUUGUAUUGUGGGCUCUGCCACACUGAUCUUCACCAAGUUAAAAAUGAUCUUGGCAUGUCCAACUACCCUCUGGUUCCUGGACAUGAAGUGGUGGGAGAAGUGGUGGAGGUAGGACCAGAUGUGUCAAAAUUCAAAGUGGGGGACACAGUUGGAGUUGGAUUACUCGUUGGAAGUUGCAGGAACUGCGGCCCUUGCAAGAGAGAUAUAGAGCAAUAUUGCAACAAGAAGAUUUGGAACUGCAAUGAUGUCUACACUGAUGGCAAACCCACCCAAGGUGGUUUUGCUAAAUCCAUGGUUGUUGAUCAAAAGUUUGUGGUGAAAAUUCCAGAGGGUAUGGCACCAGAACAAGCAGCACCUCUAUUAUGUGCUGGUAUAACAGUAUACAGUCCAUUGAACCAUUUUGGUUUCAAACAGAGUGGAUUAAGAGGAGGAAUUUUGGGAUUAGGAGGAGUGGGACACAUGGGAGUGAAAAUAGCAAAGGCAAUGGGACAUCAUGUUACUGUCAUUAGUUCUUCAAAUAAGAAGAGACAAGAGGCAUUGGAACAUCUUGGUGCAGAUGAUUAUCUUGUCAGUUCAGACACUGAUAAAAUGCAAGAGGCUUCUGAUUCACUUGACUAUAUUAUUGAUACUGUCCCUGUUGGCCAUCCUCUUGAACCUUAUCUUUCUUUGCUUAAAAUUGAUGGCAAACUUAUCUUGAUGGGAGUUAUCAACACCCCCUUGCAAUUUAUCUCCCCCAUGGUUAUGCUCGGGAGAAAGAGCAUCACAGGAAGCUUUAUUGGUAGCAUGAAGGAAACAGAGGAAAUGCUAGAUUUCUGCAAAGAGAAAGGUGUGACUUCACAGAUUGAGAUAGUGAAAAUGGAUUAUAUCAACACUGCAAUGGAGAGGUUGGAGAAAAAUGAUGUGAGGUACAGAUUUGUGGUUGAUGUUAUUGGAAGCAAGCUUGACCAGUAAUUAUAUUACACAAGAAAAACAACAUGGAAUGGUUCACUAUUAUACAAGGCUGUGAGAAUACUAAACUUUGAUGUCGUCUUUUGUAUCCUUUUGUUUUAUUUGCCACCUGUAUUUUCUUAUUUGGUGAUCGAGAGUGACGUUUAUGUAUUAUUUUCUUUCUUCAAAACAAUUUAAUGUAUGAAUUUGGAUGUUGGUGACGAUUUUGAAAUAUACCAACCAAAACUUUGUUUGGUACGUGAAA